AUGCAUACACAGGGGGGUAGAGGGAGGAAAGCUUGUGCUGGUUCUGCCGUUCUGGCAGAUGACCCUUCCACGUGGCCUCUCCUCAUCCCUGCCACGUCAGCUGGGGGAGCAGUUGGGGGGGCAGGAGGAGGAUGGGGAGCAGGGGGGAGAGUGGCAGGGGGGGGAUCAGGAGGGGAAGGGGGGGGAGGGGGAGCGGGGAAAGGGGAUGAGAGACCGAAUAGGGGUGACGGACGGAUGGUGGGAGGAAAGGGACCUCUGGGACGGCCAGGGGAGGGAGGAGAACGAGGAGGGGGAACAGGAGGAGGAGUAGGGGAAGAAGGCACGACAGGCGAUGGGGAGAGGGAGAGGUGGGUGAGAAGGAGAGGAGGAGGCCGCGGGCGGGGGGACGAUGACGCAAUAGUGGCAGACGAGUGGGGGAAAACGCAUGGCAGCGGCUUGCACGUGGCCGGGCGGAUCAUGAUAAACCUGUGGCGGGUGAUGCGGGCUGAGGUGAAACUGCCGGUUUACUCGUUCCAUGCGGUGGUGCUCGCUGUGCUGAGGCGACACGUGGCGAAGUAUGAUUGGUGCACGCUGACUGGGUGGUGGAGGGCUGGGGGUGCAGGGGGAGGGGGAAAGGGAGGCGGAGGGGGAGGGGGAGGGGGAGGGGGAGGGGGAGGGGGAGGGGGAGGGGGAGGGGGAGGGGGAGGGGGAGGGGGAGCAGCAGCUUCAGCAGCAGGAGGAGCAACAGGUGGGGGGAUCGGAGAGGGAGGAACAACAGCAGCAGCGGCAGCGGCGGCGGCAGCGGCAGCGGCGGCGGCGUCAGUGGCAGCGGCAGUGGGGAGGGUGCAACGUUGGCGGUGCAUCGAGCAUUUCGUGGCGAGAGCCCGGCUGAAUCUUGACAUGAUGCACCACCUGGACGUUGUGAGUGUGCCGUCAAAGAUCAGAGCUAGUUCUUGUCUUUCGCAUCGGUUUCUAAAAUCACCUCCUUUUGAUCUCUCCUUUCCUGCCCUGACUCACUCCCAUCCUCGUUAUAAGGUGAACCGCACGGCGGAGCUGGCGCGGGUGUUUGGAAUUGACUUCUUCUCGGUGCUAUCACGGGGCUCCCAGUACCGAGUCGAAUCCAUGAUGCUGCGACUCGCACACUCCCAGAACUACCUCCUCAUCUCGCCCUCUCGAAUGCAGGUAUCCUCCCAGCCGGCCCCAGCGUGCAUCCCCCUAGUGAUGGAGCCAGAGUGUCGCUACUACACCAGCCCUGUGGUGGGUGGUGAGGGGGAGAAGCAGUGGUGGGGCGAGGAGGAGAGGCCGCUGGGCGUGACGACCUAUCGCGUGCCGCCAGGUGUCGUGUCAUCAUUGAAGGACGACCUGCUGCUGCUGCCCAAUGCAGUGAUGUAUGUGCCGCCCAAGGUGCGACCGGGUGUGCUGCCACGGCUGUUAAAAGAGAUCCUAGCAACGAGGGUGAUGGUGAAAAAGGCGAUGAAGAAGCUGCCACCAGGGAAGCAGAGCCGCGUGCUGCACCGCGUGCUGAACGCCCGGCAGUUUGCCCUCAAGCUCAUCGCCAAUGUUACUUAUGGCUACACUGCAGCCUCGUUCUCCGGUCGCAUGCCCAUGGCUGAGCUGGCAGACAGCAUCGUCCAGGUCAGGCUGAGGUUUCUGGUCGCCCUCUCUCCCCUCUCCCCCCAUGCUGCCUCAUAUCCUCACUUGCAGGCAGGACGAACAACACUAGAGAGGGCGAUAGCUCUGGUGAACAGCCAUCCAUCGUGGAACGCUAGGGUGGUCUAUGGUGACACUGACAGCAUGUUCGUUCUCCUGGAAGGUCGCACGCGAGAACAAGCCUUCACAAUCGGCAACGAGAUCGUUACAGCGGUAACCGCGCUUUCACCAGCCCCGGUGGCUCUCAAGCUAGAGAAGGUCUACCACCCGUGUGUGCUGCAGACCAAGAAGCGAUACGUGGGCCUCGCGUACGAAUCCCCUGCUGCCACGUGUCCCCCUGUGUUUGACGCCAAGGGGAUCGAGACAGUCAGGCGGGAUGGGUGUCCUGCUGUGAGCAAGCUAUUGGAGAAAUCGCUCAAAAUUCUGUUCUCCACCAACGAUCUAUCCAGAGUGCGAUCCUACCUGGUGCGCCAGUGGCACCGCAUGCUACAAGGGAGGGUAUCCCUCCAAGACUUCAUAUUCGCCCAGGAGGUUCGCCUGGGCACCUACAGCACCAAUCCCCGCGCCCUCCCCCCCCGCGGCCAUCGUGGCCACCAAAGCCAUGCAGAGAGACCCUCGCGCCGAGCCUAA